AUGUCGAUUGUCGAUCGCUGUGUAGAGCUGCACAACGCAAUUAUCAGAGAGUCUGCCAACGCCUCUGGCCAUGAACCGCUUUGCCUCGCUAAAUACUUGGAGUACUGGGCCACCCUGAACCAAGACGGUGUGAACGCGCUGCGCAAGAAGCUAGGCGAGCCCCUCUUCGAUUUCCUCUCAAGAACUGGUGUUCCCCGCGGCGUCGCAGAUGUCGGAGCUUGCGCAGCGACAACGUGA